AAAUCAAGGGAGUGAGGUUCAGAUUUAGGACCCCGUGGAGCCUUUAACCCGUCUAUUUCGUCAUUCGCUCAGGCGCGCUGAGGGCAGCCCUCGUGGGGUCCUCGAAGCCGGCCAAGAUGGCUGCCCCCGCACUGAGAGCGGCGCCCGGGUGGCCGGGCCUGUCACUCGGGGUGCUGUGUGCUGUUUGGCGGCUUCCGGGGUUAAGCCAGGUGAGAUGGAGCCGCUACGGUCCUGAAUUCAGGGAUCCCCUCACUGACAAAGAACAUUACCGCAGACCUGAGGCCGAACUCACCGAGGAGGAGAAACAUGAGCAGGAGCUCAAGAAAACUCAGCCCAUCAAAGCUGCCCCAUCAACGAAAACAAGCUCUGUGUUUGCAGACCCGGUGAUCAGUAAGUUCACCAACAUGAUGAUGAGAGGAGGAAACAAGGUACUGGCCAGAUCCCUCAUGAACCAGACUCUGGAAGCAGUGAAAAGGAAGCAGUUUGAGAAGUACCACGCCGCUUCUGCGGAGGAGCGGGCAACUAUUGAACGCAACCCCUAUGUCAUCUUCCACAAGGCACUGAAAAACUGUGAGCCAGUGAUUGGGCUAGUCCCCAUCCUCAGAGGUGGCCAUUUCUACCAGGUCCCUGCACCCAUAGCCGACCGACGUCGACGCUUCCUGGCUAUGAAGUGGAUGAUCACCGAGUGCAGAGAGAAGAAGCACCGGCGGACACUGAUGCCAGAGAAACUGUCACACGAGCUGCUGGAGGCUUUUAACAACCAAGGCCCAGUGAUCAAGAGGAAGCACGACAUGCACAAGAUGGCCGAGGCCAACAGGGCGCUGGCCCACUACCGCUGGUGGUAGAGGAGAGGACAGGCCCAGGGAGGAGCCAGGCUCUCCACGCAGGAAUCCACUGCCCCAAGGGAGAGGACCUGGGACAGCUGUGAGUGAAGGACGUGGAAAAGGAUGGAGCAGUGUGCUCGCUGCCCAUUUUUCCUUCAGGGCUACCACUGGUAUCCCUCUCCAACCCCUGCUGAAGAACAUAGCCCCUCGGGGAUUCCCUCUGAGAAACUAAGGCCAAUCUUCUCUUCCCUCAGCUGGGGCUAGACAUGUAGACACUGAAAGAAGGCAGUGUUCGUAUGAGAAAAGAUUUAUUAGAAAAUGCUCGGCCUGACCUGAUGAGUGGCCAUUUCAUUACAGCUGACUGGCUGGGGCUUGUCUCCACCGCAGUCAUUGUACAAAAGUAUAUCAAAUGCAGUUUCUAUCCUGA